GGGAAAUUUGCCCGCCACUCGCAACGCAAAACCCUCUCCAAAACCCUAUUAUACUUCACUUCCCACUCCUUUGUUUGGUCCCCGAGAAAGCGAGUGAUUCGAUUCACUCUAUUUGGUUUCAAAAUCAAACCUUUUCCAUUUCUCGCUCCCUAAAAACUUUAGGGACCGGGACGAAUGUCGCGGGAGGAUGAGCUCGUUCUGCGGGAUGUCACCAGUGCCGGUCUCGUCGUCGGCGAUCGAAUUGGCCGAGAAAUUGCUUCUCAUCUUGAUCUUGAAGAAGCCCUAGAAGCUUCCCGUUACGCAAGCCAUCCCUAUUCUACUCAUCCCAAAGAGUGGCCUCCUUUAGUUGAGGUGGUGGAUACUUGGGAGUUACCGCCGGUACUUGUUGAAAGGUAUAAUGCAGCGGGUGGGGAAGGAACUGCAUUAUGUGGCAUAUUUCCCGAAAUACGUAGGGCGUGGGCAUCUGUUGAUAAUUCACUUUUUCUAUGGCGUUUUGACAAGUGGGAUGGUCAGUGUCCAGAAUACAGUGGAGAGGAGCAAGCUAUUUGUGCUGUGGGUCUUACAAAAUCAAAACCUGGUGUCUUUGUUGAAGCUAUUCAAUAUUUGUUAGUUUUAGCAACGCCUGUUGAGCUAGUUCUGGUAGGAAUAUGCUGCUCUGGAGGAGGUGAUGGUACAGAUCCAUAUGCAGAGGUCUCACUACAACCCUUGCCAGAAUAUACAGUUCCAUCUGAUGGAGUCACUAUGACUUGUAUCACAUGUACUAAGGCAGGUCGUAUUUUCCUGGCUGGCCGUGAUGGUCACAUCUAUGAACUUCAUUACUCAACUGGUUCAGGCUGGCAAAAGCGUUGCCGAAAAGUUUGCUUAACUGCUGGAUUUGGAAGUGUCAUAUCAAGAUGGGUAGUGCCAAAUGUAUUUAAAUUUGGAGCUGUUGACCCUAUUGUUGAAAUGGUUGUUGAUAAUGAAAGAAGCAUGUUAUAUGCACGAACUGAAGAAAUGAAACUUCAGGUUUUUAUUCUGGGCCCUAAUGGUGAUGGGCCAUUGAAGAAAGUAGCAGAAGAAAGGAAUGUGAUCAGUCAGAGAGACACUCAUUAUGGGGGUAGACAAUCAACAGGACAAAGAGCCCCAAAUCGAUCAGCAAAACCAUCCAUAGUUUCAAUAUCACCUUUAUCAACUGUGGAAUCCAAAGGGCUACACCUUGUUGCUGUUUUAUCAGAUGGCAGAAGGAUGUAUCUCACAACUUCUCCAUCUAGUGGAAAUUUAGGUGGUUUCAACAUGAAUCAUCAUAAACCUACCUGUCUAAAAGUUGUUACAACUAGACCCUCACCACCCAUAGGUGUCAGCAGUGGUCUUGCCUUUGGAGCUCUGUCUCUUUCUAGCAGACCUCAGAACGAAGAUCUUUCAUUGAAGGUUGAGACGUCAUAUUAUUCUGCAGGAACUCUUGUACUUUCUGAUUCCUCGCCACCAACUAUGUCUUCUCUUCUUGUUGUAAGUAGGGAUUCAAGUGCACAAUCAUCUGUCUCAAGUGCACUGGGAACCAGCUCAAGAAGUAAUCGGGCCUUACGAGAAUAUGUUUCUUCUUUAUCAGUUGAAGGGCGAAUGCUAUUUGUGGCAGAUGUUUUACCUAUGCCUGAUGCUGCAACAGCAGUUCACUCUUUAUAUUCCGAAAUUGAAUAUAGUGGAUUUGAAACUUCAUGGGAGUCCUCUGAAAAGGCAUGCGCGAAACUUUGGGCAAGAGGGGAUCUUUCAACUCAACAUAUACUUCCAAGGAGAAGACUUGUCAUUUUCAGUACCAUGGGCAUGAUGGAGAUUGUGUUUAACAGGCCUGUGGAUAUUCUCAGGAGAUUAUUUGAGUCAAACUCACCAAGAUCUAUCUUAGAAGAUUUCUUUAAUCGUUUUGGAGCUGGUGAGGCAGCUGCAAUGUGUUUGAUUUUAGCAGCAAGGAUAGUUUAUUCUGAAAAUCUUAUAAGUAAUACUGUUGCUGAAAAGGCUGCUGAAGCCUUUGAGGAUCCAAGAGUUGUUGGAAUGCCACAACUUGAGGGUAGUAGUGCACUGUCAAGCACUAGGACAGCUGCUGGGGGAUUCAGCAUGGGUCAGGUGGUUCAGGAGGCCGAGCCUGUGUUUUCAGGUGCUUAUGAAGGACUUUGCUUGUGCUCUUCCAGGCUACUUUUUCCUGUAUGGGAACUUCCUGUGAUGGUUAUAAAAGGGGGCUCUGUAGAUGCUUUUCCUGAGAAUGGGCUUGUCAUGUGUAGACUAUCUAUUGGGGCUAUGCAAGUACUGGAAAACAAGCUUCGUUCCUUAGAGAAGUUUUUAAGGUCUAGGCGAAACCAGAGGAGGGGACUUUAUGGCUGUGUUGCUGGUUUAGGGGACUUGACUGGUUCAAUUCUUUAUGGAGCUGGUUCAGAAUUGGGGGCUGGUGACCGGGGUAUGGUGAGAAACUUAUUUGGUGCUUACUCACGCAGUAGUGAGUCUAAUGGUGGUGCAUCCAAUAAGAGACAGAGGUUACCAUAUAGUCCUGCCGAGCUUGCUGCCUUGGAGGUGAGAGCAAUGGAAUGUAUAAGGCAGUUGCUUCUCAGAUCCAGUGAAGCCCUGUUUUUGCUCCAACUUCUUUCUCAGCAUCAUGUAACUCGCUUAGUUCAGGGAUUUGACACUAAUCUGCGACAAUCAUUAGCUCAGUUGACAUUUCAUCAGCUAGUUUGUACCGAAGAGGGUGACCAGAUUGCUACAAGGCUUAUAUCUGCUUUGAUGGAGUGUUAUACUGGUCCUGAUGGCAGGGGGACUGUUGAUGAUAUUAGUGGAAGAUUACGAGAGGGAUGUCCUAGCUAUUUCAAGGAGUCUGAUCACAAGUUCUUUCUAGCUGUAGAAUGUCUUGAAAGAGCGGCAGUUACUCCAGAUCCUGAAGAGAAGGAAAGUCUUGCUAAAGAGGCCUUUAAUUUCCUAAGUAAAGUUCCAGAGUCUGCUGAUUUACAAACUGUCUGCAAACGGUUUGAGGAUUUAAGGUUCUAUGAAGCUGUGGUUCACUUACCUCUGCAAAAGGCACAGGCUCUUGACCCAGCAGGUGAUGCUUUUAAUGACCAAAUUGAUGCACCUGCUCGAGAACAUGCACUUGCCCAGCGUGAAAUGUGUUAUGAGAUUGUUGUUAGUGCAUUGCGUUCUUUGAAAGGUGGGCCUUCACGUGGAGAAUUUGGAUCUCCAGUUAGACCUGCAGCUCCAAGAUCUGCCCUUGAUCAGGCAUCUCGGAACAAAUACAUAUGUCAGAUUGUGCAGCUUGGUGUUAAAUCACCUGAUAGAUUAUUUCAUGAGUACUUGUACAGAGCUAUGAUUGAUGUAGGCCUUGAAAAUGAGCUGCUGGAGUAUGGUGGUCCUGAUUUGGUGCCUUUCCUACAAAGUGGUGGCCAUGAACCAAUACAAGAGGUUCGAGCUGCUUCUGCAGUGACUUCUCCUAUGGGUCAAUUUGGAUCACCUAUCCUGCCCAAUCAGGCAAAGUACUUUGAUCUCUUGGCACGAUAUUAUGUCUUAAAGCGGCAGCACCUGCUUGCAGCCCAUAUAUUGCUAAGGCUGGCUGAAAGGCGCUCAACUGAUGCGGGUGAUGCGCCUACUAUUGACCAAAGGUGUCACUACUUAAGUAAUGCAGUUUUACAAGCUAAGAAUGCUAGUACCAGUGAUGGCCUGGUGAGUUCUACAAGGGGUGCUGUUGACAAUGGACUACUAGAUUUACUGGAAGGGAAACUUGCCGUUCUUCGGUUUCAGAUUAAGAUCAAAGAGGAGUUGGAGGCUAUAGCUUCCAGGCUAGAAGCUUCAUCAAGUACUGAGUCUGUCCAAAAUGGAACAGGUGCAGAAAGCACAUCAACUGAGGAUGCUAAUCUUGCAAAUAAUGCACGUCAAAAGGCCAAAGAGCUAUCAUUAGAUAUGAAGAGCAUUACUCAGCUAUAUAAUGACUAUGCAGUUCCAUUUGAGCUUUGGGAGAUUUGCCUUGAAAUGUUAUACUUUGCAAGCUAUUCUGGCGAUGCUGACAGUAGUAUUAUAAGAGAAACAUGUGCUAGACUUGUUGAUCAAGCUCUUUCAAGGGGUGGCAUUGCCGAAGCCUGUGCAGUACUUAAGCGGGUUGGUUCCCACAUUUAUCCUGGAGAUGGAGCUGGUUUACCUUUAGACACUUUGUGUCUUCAUCUGGAAAAGGCUGCACUGGAGAGAUUGGAGUCAGGGGUUGAAUCUGUUGGAGAUGAAGAUGUUUCAAGGGCUCUUCUCGCUGCUUGCAAGGGUGCAACUGAGCCUGUUUUGAACACUUAUGAUCAAUUGUUGUCAAGUGGAGCUAUUUUGCCAUCAUCCAAGCUAAGAUUGCGGCUUCUCAGAUCAGUGCUAGCACUACUUAGAGAGUGGGCGAUGUCUGUAUUUGCACAGAGAAUGGGUACAAGUGCAACUGGAGCCUCGUUAAUUUUAGGUGGAACUUUCUCACUGGAGCAAACGGCAGUUAUGAAUCAAGGGAUUCGUGAUAAGAUCACUAGUGCAGCAAACAGAUACAUGACUGAGGUGCGGAGAUUGCCGCUUCCACAGAGUCAGACUGAGGCUGUUUACAGAGGCUUCCGUGAACUCGAAGAGUCGCUAAUUAGUCCUUAUCCUAUUGACCGUUACUGAUUGGUUCUCCGUUCGAUGUCUGAUGUCUAAUGUAUCAUGUAUUAAUUUUUUUUCUUCUCAUUGCAUGUAAAUUAUUUUAAUAAAAUUUUCCAUAAUUUAUCAUCGAUUAUGAUUUUUUUUAGUCCUGUGCUUUAUUUUGGAAUGUACAAGCUAAAGAAUGAUACAUAUUCUAAAAUGUCAGCUCAUCUGUUCAGCUACUAGAACAACUGCAGUUUAGGAAGGCAAGAAGUUAAGACAAAUAUUUUGGGUCUCCAUUAUAUGAAUUUCAUUGAACUGAGGCUUCAAAAUGAGUAAAUGUUUAGGCACAUCUCUUUUUUUUUUCCUGAUCUUUUGACAGAGGAAGGUUUUAUUGUAAUUGAAUUGGGUUUUGGGGUUUGUAUCUACUUUGCUCUACAGUCUACUAGGCUUGGCAAUUUU